AAUCCUCUUUUUAUCCCUAUUUUGUUUUUAUUCCCAGUUUUUAACUCUCUCCACGAUCACAAUUUAUUCCCCUUUCCGUGUUUAAUUUUCUUUCAAGAAGACAAAAAUGGAACUUUUCAAUUUUCCUUUAAAUUUUGAGUUAGAGACUUCUUAGAACUUCAACAAAGGUUUGAUGUUGAAGAGAAGUUUGAGAAUUUUUAGCACUUUUUCCGGUAAGUUUUGAUGGGUUUUUGUUGUUUUUCGAAAUCGGAUUCUGAUUUAAUUAAAGAUUAGGGCUUUUGAUUUUGGGGAUGAUGGGGUUAAUUGGAAUUUGAUUUUUGGGAAAUGAUAAAUCAGUGAUCAAGAGUUGGAAAGUAAAAAGAUCAGCCAAAAAGAAAAAGUAACUUGAAUUUUAGUGGUUUAUUUUAUUUUUAUUUAGGCAAUGAAGGGUUUGAUGUUGUUAACUUGGGUGUUGAAAGAUUGAGAAUUCCGUGAUUUAGAGUUGAAAAAGGUUAUUUUUCGAGUAAUUUUUUUAUGGGUUUUGUUGUUUGAUUGAAUAAUAAAGAAGCUUGGUAUUGCUUUCUUUCCUUUUAUGAGGAGAAAUGAUUCAAGGGUUUUAGGACUUCUCGAGGAGUAGGAUUGUUGAUGAGAAUUAGAGGGAUUGUUUUUUGAAGAAAAAAUAAACGAUUGUUAUAUUGUUCUUGAAGUUUGAUUGGAUAGGGAAGAGGAAAUUUUGGGAUUGAACCUACUAAGGUGUAGGGGAAGUAUCCUUUUUGUAGGUCUUUAUUUAAAAUUUUAUUGUUGUUAGGCUUGGAUUUUUAGGGAUACUUUUGGGCUUUGUUGAGCUGAAUUUUUGGUUUUAAUGGAUGACAUUGGGGAUGAUGCUAGAUACCUUGCAAAUCCGUAUGGUGUUAGUCACCAGCAGGGUUAUGAUUCUUUGAAUCGCCAAAAGCUUCCUGUAAGAAAUGUUCCAUAUUCUGGACCGAUUGGGAAUCAAUAUGUUGAUGAUGAUGAAUACGAGGAGGAAGAAGAAGAUGAGGAAGAUUUGGGAGAGGAAGAGGAGAAUCAUAUGCAAAAUAAUGGUGUUCAGUAUGCAGGAAAAGAUAUGGAUGAUGAUGAUGACGACGACGAUGACGAGCUAGAUGAUGAUGAGGAUGAUUACAAUGUAGGUGGUGAUAAGCAGAAAGGUUAUAAUCGAAAGAAUGAUGAUGUUGAAUUGGAGAGGCACCCAAAAAAGAGGAAAUUGAAGAGUUUGGUCUCAAGUUAUGAAUUUGCUCCUCGAGUACCAGCACCAGCAGUUACAGCCCCAUCGGUGCCAAAGCCCUCACAUGGUGGGAGAAAUUCUCUUACAGAUUGGACUGAGCGUGAGACAUUUGUUUUGUUAGAAGCAUGGGGUGACCAGUUUUUGCAAUGUGGGAGAAAAAGUCUUCGGUCCAAGGAAUGGCAAGAAGUUGCAGAAAAGGUUUCAGAGGUUUCAAAGAUUGAAAGGACUGACACCCAGUGUCGGAAUCGAUUGGAUACUUUGAAGAAGAAGUAUAAGAAGGAGAAGGCUAUGCUGGCAGAGACUGGUGCUACCGCCAGCAAAUGGGUUUAUUUCAAGAAGAUGGAUAUUUUAAUGUCAACUCCUCCACAGCAGGGUGGGCUAUCUUGUGGGUUGGACUCGGGUGAGUAUGUUUUCAUGAACCCUAGGGUUUAUUUGAACCGUGCAAAUGGUUUGGAUGAAAUGAGGGAUAGCCCAGCAAAUUCAGAAUCUGCUGAUGGUGAGGAGGAUGUCUCAGAUGGACUGCCACCUAAAAAGAGAAGAUUCAGGAGGCAAUGUGAUGAGGGUUCUUCAUUCAAAUUGCUUGCAGAUUCUAUUGAGAAAUUUAGUGAUAUAUAUGAAAAGAUUGAGAAUAGUAAAAGGCAGCAGAUGUUGGAAUUAGAGAAGAUGAGAAUGGAUUUUCACAGGGAGUUGGAAAUGCAGAAGCAGCAGAUCAUGGAGAGAGCACAAGCUGAAAUUGCAAAAAUACAUCAGGGUUUCGACGAGGAGAAUGAUUCUGCUGAGAAUGCUAGUAGGUAAGUGGGUAGUUGUAUUUCUAGUGUUUGUUCUCGUGAAAAUAAGGUUGGCUGGUCCAGUUGAAGUGUAAACUUAAGACGUAAUGCAGUGAUCUGACUUCUUGGACAGUAUAAGUUGUCCUUUACUCGUUUUUUGCUAGAUACGCACUAGAAACAAUAUCUGUAAACUUGCCUUUUGGUGUUGUACAUGUUAAAAGAAAAAGAAAAAACAGAAAGAGCUAGAAGAUUUUUGAAGGUGGAGUGGAUAGAUUUUUGAAGUUCAGUCAGAUGUUGGUUGAGAAGGCAACUAGAUCCCAAGAUCUGGCUUCUGGUUCUAAAUUCUUUUCUUUCUUUCUUUCUGUCCUU